GUCCAAUCAUCGAUUAGAGUAAGUCAUCCUCGCCACCCAUUUCCAAAAUGGAGUGUUCUUCGACAACUAGGCUUCAAGUAUUCCAACAUGUCCACUAUUCCUACAGGCACAUAUGUUAUCAUGAAUGCCACAACGCACACAUACCUGAAUGUGCUCGCUUUCCAGCCCGUUCCAGGUGACAUCGUCAAUAGUGUUGGAAAUUACUUAGGAAAUGACAUGUGGAACGUGUUAAAAACUGAGUCGUGUGGGGUAACUAUACAGUCCUACGGGACUGGUGCCUUCCUCUCCUUCGAUCCAUCAAACAAAACCGACACUCCCGCUGGAAGCGUUAUCACCAGUCACACAAUCUAUCCGUGGAGUCUGCAGCAAAACACCGCAGUCCCAUAUGCCUGGUAUAUCGUAGACCAUUACACUGGUAAAGGGCUUGCUGUGAAGGACAACUCCGCCGCAAACGCUGCGCAAGUUCUCGAAUUGGGACUGACAAAUAACGGAAGCCAGGCUUCGGUUUUUCAUUGCAAAGGAACCCCUAGCUGGUACCAACUAAUUGUCGCCCAGUAUCGACAAGAUUAUCGGAGACUUAUCUUUCUAGCAUUGAUGAAUUUGACUGAGUCGAGAAGUGUUGAACGUCAGGGGUCUUUAACAUGCCACACUCACGAGUU